UGGAUCAACAGAGCUGAUCAACAGUCGGAUCAACAUGAAACUGAAAUUUAGCAAAUCUUGAGCGAAACUAUGUCGUUAUUUGGUCGUUUAAGACUGGCAAAAACUUCAUCUUCCCAACAACGGAAAUCUCAGUCUUCCGGAGAAGGUAUCAAGAAUGCUUCGGUAAGAAACCCUUCUUUAUUUCCAAACAGAGCUUAAAAGUUUAUUUGUGAUCUCACUUCCGUAUCACCUAACGUUGAUCGCGAAGCUAGUUUUUGUUAUAAUUAUUCCUUAAACCUGACCAUGCUAAAUUAAAGCUUUUAUUCUCUUAUUUUUUAUAUAAAGAGAUGCUAUAGCCAGCUGUUGUUUUGUUUAAAUUAAUUAAAGGCUCCUUUAACCAUGUCGUGGUUUUAUGUUAUCCUUUGUUUAUUUUCGGUAUGUUGUUGCUUGUUGCUGACAUGUGCUUAGACCUUGGAAGGUCUCGUUACAUGAAUCAUUUUCGUUUUCUAUAGCAGGGUGAAAAGAGAGGAAGCAGUGAGACUGAGGCAUCCUUAUUUAGUGGUAUGACAUUAACAGCUAGCCCUGCAACUGAAAUGGCUGGUGAACUGAGUUUCACUGGUGACAGUGAUCGUGACCUUAUGUCUACAAAACAGGGUACCAAGUCAACUGGAGUAAAUACCAACAGGACAGUAAAUCAAAAUGUCUCAACAGUCCUUGGUAAAUAAAUCUUAACGAUAAUUCAGUCGAACCUCUCCACAAUGGCCAACUUGUGGACAAAAGAAAGUGGCUGUUUUGGAGAAGUGCCCAUUAUGGGGAGGCAGGGGUGUAAAAUGACAAUUUUUUUAGGGAGUACAGCAUGUUUAUUGUGCUAAAUUCAUGCUUACAGCUGUAUCCCAUAACAGUAAUCCAAUCAUAUAUAAAAGAGAGAGAUAAAAUUCGCCAAAAAUUUGAAUGAUGUUUGGAAUCAAAAUGUUUACGUGACCAAACAAGCAAAGUUCGCAACACUGGCUAUAAGUAUUAUAGAAAAUUUAUGCUUACUGGAGCAGUAUAAAUUAAUGGAACACAAUCAAAAUAAUAUUGCCACGUUUAAUCAUCAACGAACCAUAUGGAUCAAAUUUCAUGACCAUUCUUAAAUUUUUUAUCAGUCCCUGAAAAAACUGGCUGUUUUUGAGAGUUUUUUUUGGCAGUUGGGGACGCACUUCAGUGGCCCUUGCCGUUGUCGAGAGGUGGCCAUUAAAGAGGGUUUUAAACAAGAGUCAAUUUAUGGACUGUCUGCCGAAACAAAAAAAAGUCCUUUGUGGAGUGGUGGCCAUUGUGGCGAGGUGGCUGUUAGUGAAGGCUUGACUGUAUUAUUACUAUUCAGGGAAUCUAGGGUUUGGGAGUAUAGUGUACCAUAAGAAACGGUUUCAGUUAUUGUUUUUCUCACAGAAGUCACUGCAAUGGUCAUUGCAAUGUUUUGACUGCCUGCUGCAGUUCUUUAUCAGGUGAUAGUGUUGAUUUACUGAGUGGGACUAUUAGUACCAAUAUGGUUGUUAGUGAUUGGUGUAUCAGGAAACACAUUCGUGUUUAGUACUUUUGAUCCGAGGCGUUGUUGGCAUUAUUAGAGGAGGGAACUGUUCCCCUAGCAGUUUGCUGUGGUUCCAAUUGGUUAUUGGGUUGCGUGAUCUACUAUGAUGGUGAACUGUGGCUUUGAACUUUAUUUAACAGUGUCUUCAAGUUAAAAUUACUGAUAAUUUUUGAGGUAUAUACUAUAGUACCCAUCUUCCAGUUUCUGGUAUAAAGUAAAGAUGUUGGGAAAUUUUGGUAUUGGUGUGCCAUUAUCCCAACCCUCUUUGGCAUCCCUGAUCGUUAAUGAAGGCUAUACUGACUGAAAUUCCAUCCAGAUGUCACUGUUUUAGAAGGGUUUUCUGAAUAAGGAUGAGGGACUAGACCCCAAAAUCCCAGCCAUUUACAAUCCUCUUCUGGGAAUAGCUAACAGCCCUUCUACAAGAUACAGGGUUGUCACUAAGAUUUCAAGUUUCCACGUAAAUACAACAAGUAGGUGGGGAAUCAAACGACUAGGGAUGUCUUUUGGUUCUAUUUUUCUUCUAUUUUCCAAUAAAAGUAGCCGGGGGCCACUCUCUUAGUAGCCGGGGAAAAUCCCCGGCCCCCAGCUCUUAAUGACAACCCUGAAGAUAACCUUAUUUUACUUUGCUAAUGAAGUUCAAGCAGUUUGAAUGAAAUAUUUGAUUUGUUUGAAAUUGUUACUCUGAGCUUUGGAAUUUGUUUGCUAAAUGUCUUUGCCAGAGUAGGUGAAAACCCUUUUUUGGUAACUUCUUCUCUUUACUUACUGUAUGUUGUGUUUUAAACUAAAACAAAUAUCAGAUAUGCCAGGGUCUGAAGUUUUGCCAGAACCAAUACAACCUAUACCAGUCAAUACCUUACAGCAAGCUGGUCACUCAGCAGCAGCAAAGAAGAAAAAGACUCGACAAACCAUAAGGCCUGGUUAUGCAAGGCAAUCUGACUCUAAGACUAGGUAACUAACGACACAAGCUACUUGUUAAAACUUACUUCUUACUUGGACUUCCUUUGCUUUCAGUGUCAUUUUCUAUCGCUCAUCAUCAUCAUGACAUCAUCAUCUUCAUCGUUAUCAUUGUCAUCAUCAUCAUCAUCAACAACUUAACGUCAACAUCAUGACCGUCACCUGCUUUUUCACUCCGUACUAGUUACACAACCUCUUUUCUAUUUGUGCUCUAGACACAUAACUGAACAAAGUGAAGAGGUCCAGGCUACAGAGAUGUCUUGUGAGUCUGUGGAAAAAGGAGGAGUUAUGACAAAGCAAGGUAUAUGUAUGAACCUCAUAGUACCAACAUGUGCUCAUUAAAAAAGUUUAAUUUGCAUCAGUUUUACCUUUAUUGUUUGUGUGAAAAACUGUGGAAAACUUUAAAAAGUAGUAGUGCCGAGACUACCAUAUAAAGCUUGGUUUUCAUACAAUCAUCAUGAUUGCUGAAAGAACUUCAUUGAUCUCAGCAUUCACUGAGUGCAGUUCAGUGAUCACAUUAAAUAAAAACAUUUCCCAGAGAAAGUUGUGACAUUGAUUGCUGAGAUAAUCUUCUGUUCGAUUGUAAGGUUUGUUUCCAUUAUUUUAGUUUGAUUUCAGUGUUCACCUUUUUUUCUGGUGAUCAUAUUGUGAGGGUUAACAAAAGUCUGACAUGAAAAUUAUUAUAGUCUAUUGGAGUCUGCUUUUGUUUUGAAUGCCAACAAAGUAAAUGGCCUUGUAGAGUAAAAUACUGACGGAAAUAAACAAUUCUCUGGGUUGUAUUCAGUUAUAUCCAAAUCAAAUUCGAAGUAGACAGACUGCAAAUUAUAGUAGUUGCUAAAUAUAUAUAUAUAUAUACGUGUCCCAACUGUUCAUCAGUAGGCUGCCUAAAAUGUGUGCAAUUCCACAACUGGUUUUGGCUCCAUUAAAUCUAAAAUUAUUGUCUAAAUUUUAGAUGUUGAAAAUUCAGAGAACAUCACUCAGCCUGAGGAACCCGCCAGUGCACUUCCGGCCCCAAUGUAUUCAAUCGGCACACCAUCUUCUUCAGAUGAAAACCUAUAUCAAGAUGUUGAGACACAUUCAGACAGUGGUAAUUUGAUACCAAUAUCUAGUGAUCUUACAUCACACAGCAUGGAAGUUCCAACCAAAGAACAUGGGAGUAAAGAAACACAAGUCCUUAGAGGUGAUUCCAGAGAAGAAAAUAUGGAAGGUGACACUGAUCAUGAAAUGUCCACUCCUUCUGUCAAAGACUUUGAUAAUUCUCUGCAUGCUGCAGAGAGAACAGAUUAUAACUUGCAAGGCGAUAAGCUUUCUUCAUUGUUUGAGACUUGUGUAGUGUUGGAUGAGUCUCCUAAAUUGCCUGGUCAAAAUUUCACUACAAAAGGUGAAACAGGCUAUUUACAGGCUGAACUUGCCUCUAAGGAAGAACUCAUUCAAAAUGAAGAACAUGAUGAACUUCAUGAACUGGAAAGAGAUCUUGUCUCUGAUGUUGAAAUGGAGAUCUCUAAGCAUGGUGCAGAUGAAAGUAGUUUUAACCUGAUCGACAAACCAGGUGACUCUUCUGACAGAGUAAAGAGCAAAGACAAGUUGAGCAUUGCACUACAUCAAAUGGAAUCACAACUUGCCACUUUGAGGUAAAAUAGACCUGUCCUGAAGUUAAAGGACUGAGUGUGAUAUGAAGAACUGUAUGGAUUAAGUAGGCAAAUAAUACCCUCCAAAAACUGCACAAUUCUUCAUGUCCUAUGAAAGCUGAAUUCAAUAUAUAUGUUUUACUACAGUAUUUGUUUUGAAAAAUUUUCAAGCGGAUGCAUUCCUUACCUCUUUACAUACAUUUUAUUCAAAAUGUUGCCUGUUUUUGAUUCAGGAUGAAUGGAUAUUAUUUGUUUGCAAAUAUUCUUCAAAAAGCAGUUGACCUUGACAUCUUUCGGCUUUGUGUAUAUAGAAGUUUAAUGUUAUGCCAUAUUCAUGAGCUCUGCUUUGCCAUAAGAGCUUAGUAUGAAAAAGCCACAACCAUUAAUUUAUACUAAAGAGGACAGGAAGCACAAAAUCUAGUGGUACACAGAGAUGGGACUACUUUAUGCACCCAGCCCAAGACUGGGUGGGUCAUGUGGGCCUUUGAACAUGAAGUAACUGUAUCAUUGUCUUGAAACUAGUUCAUAAGGGUAAAGGGAACUUGGGUUACUAGGGCAGGAAAUGGUAGUGAAUUAAACUGUUCUUUGUUUUUAUUUUGCUUGCACUUGAAGUGAUGACAAGCAGUCCCUUACAAGUCUUGAGGAGGAGUUAUUCAAACUGUAUACAGACACAGAGGGUACCAUCAGUGAAAAGAAACAACAGAUUAAGAAACUACAACAGGAAGAAAGUCAAGCUCUCGCAAAUGAUAACUAUGAUUUAGCAGAAGAAAUCAGCAGUAGACUGGAGCAACUGAAAAUAGAUUUGGAAUUUUCACGGUACAGGCUUCCAGCUCAAGAUGAAAAGGUACUAAACAAUACUCUUCUACUGCAAAUGCUUGAAUGUUGUAGAGUAUUUUAAAACUCUCUCGAUUUUUCUCCACAACAGUCUGUAACUAAAGACACUGCCAUAUAUUUAUUUGUGAUAGGAAAGUACAGUCAAAGCCUUCUUAACAGACAUUCUUUGGUCUUGUUAACUCAGUUGAUAAAACUUAAUUUUAUUAAUUUUGGUGCCCCCUCGCGCCCCCACAGUGCCCGGUGCUCACACUGGGGCACCACCCUUGUCCCCACUACACUUACAAAAGCCAUUCCUGUCAGCAUCCAGCCCCGGUUGCGGACACUGAACUUCUUAUGCUUAACAAGGAUGUUCGCUUAAGAGAGUUUCAACUGUAAUGUCCUCUUCUUUGGUGAAAUUUUUUCCUCUUUUGCCCCAUGUAAUGUAAUCCAAGUCAGUCCUGGAUUCAGGAUUCCACGGAUUGGAUUCCAGAUUCCUUGUCAGCAGAAUAUGGAUCCUGGAUUUCAAUCGUUAGUGAGAUUCCAGGUUCCUUGAGCUGGAUUCCAGCUUCUAAACCCCAGGAUUCUGGAUUUCACAAGCAGAAAUUUGCCGGAUUCUUUAAUCCGGAUUACCUUAAGCCUCCUACGCAGAUGUUCUUAGGGGUUCGUCACGUGUUCCUUGAGCGCGUGACGAACCCGCGGGAGGCUAGAUUACCUUACACUGGGCGACCUCUUUAUUACUUGCAAGGUGGAGAGAGCUUUGAAGCUAAGAGCAGAAGUAGCUGAAAAAGAAGCUACAAUUUACAGAGAGAGCCAAGCAGCACUGGAACAAGCGCGCAAGGAACAACAGGAGUGUCUGAUCAGCCACAAAGAGAUGAGUACGCUGUGGGGUGCAAAAGAAAGGCAACGCCUCAAUGCCGACCGAAUGAGGCUGGAACGAGCUAGGGAUCACUUGAGGCUUGACAAAGAACACACGGAGGCUGAAAAGAUGGAAUUAGGUAAAGAGAUUACACAACAAACAGAGGCGUUUCAGUUGAAGAAAGAAGAACUCAUGCUAGAGAGGGGGAUACUGCAGGUGAGGGAAAGGCUAUAAUUUAUGUAUUUAGUACGAAGCACUAACUUAGAACUCUGUUUUCACGCCCCCUACUGGGACCUGCAUUUCUACGUCGACAUCAGAGCUAAGCAAAGGUCUCACCGUUUGCAGGGCUUUUCCUGACUUAUUUUAAGACCAUGAGUAUUGGUUCUUCCACGGGGGUUCGCCCCGUGACCUCCCGCUCUGCAGGCCAGUGUUCAGUGUCUGCUGACUAAGAUGGUCCGCAAUAGGGUUCUUCAAUCCCGUAAUCCCGAGGGUUAUUUUUGGCGUCCCACCUCCCGCGUAUACUUUCAGUCCCGCAACUCGUCCUAAUUGGGCUUUCAAAUCCCGAAUCCCGAGCUUCAAAUAAAGGAAAUCCCGGGUCCCGAAAAACCUACUAACAGGAGCUAACUAGAACUAAUUUGAUGCUGCCUGUUAGAAACUUCCAAUAAAAUACAACUCCUCUUGUUCUGGCCUGGACAUGUAUGCAAAAAAUAAUUGAAUACUGACUUGCGUUCACUUUUUUCAACUUCAAACUUGAACACAAGUAACUGCACACAGGAGAAAUGGGCGCGGAGUGAAACAAAUUUUAAUAGGGAGCUCAAGCAAUUACAAAGACGACAGCAACGAGUAUGCGGACUAACUAUACUUUUUGUAGAAAAUGAAAUCGACAACUUUGCGCGUGCAUCACAGUUUUGGCUUCCUUUAUUUGCCGUCACUUUACAUCAGUUUUCUAAUGCCGCAUUUUAUGGAGAACGUGGUGGAAUCCGUCCUUAUAAUUAAAAUCAAAUUAGCCACACCAUUUUUUUUGGGGGGGGGGGUUGGCGUCAGAUUUUCUUGCAAAAGGGUGGUCAGCAAAUGCAGUAUUGCUUAUGUUCCUUUUUGUAGCGUAUUGCAUUAUCUUACACAUGGAUGCCACGAACGCGCUGAUCGAUAGCCAGGCCAUGGUAGAACGAGUGGUGUGUUACAUCACAGCUAAGCCGGCCGGCGAUAACCUCGAAAGCGGAAGUGCAAUACGCCACUUGCACAUCUCCUAUAAUGCAUCUUAUUUGCCCACCCCCCUCCCCCCCCAAAAUGAAGAAAAUUUGCAUAAGCAUUGCUUUCAAUUUCUCUUGAGAAAUGAAAAACCAUGGUUAUGCAAAAUUUUGGGGCCAAAUAAGGUGUGUAAGUGGCGCUAUGCAAAUAUAUGCAAUGUGAGCGCAGGUUUGCGUGACCCGGCAAUCCAAUAUGGCUUGCAUAUUGUUGCUAACAGACGACUGUCUCCACAGAAUUGUUUCCUUUAUAGACGACCCAAGUUCUUUUCACAGCAUCGCUCUAACCUGCAAGAGACUUCUGCAAAUUACCAGCAACACGAGAAGCGUUUUGCAUACGAAUCUUGUACGACUGAAAGCCGAGUACUUCAUGAAGUGUUUUCUAGUCGAGAACGGUUGUGAUUAUGAUACGUUUGGCAGGUUCAGAGACUUUCUCAAUGAAUCUGCGCGACUUAUAGAGGUUAAGGGAAUGCUUUCCUACGACAAAGUGAUCGAAAUAUGGCAAAGAAACGGACCCGUGGUGGCUAAACUCUUUACUUGGUUCAGAGAUAAAGAAUUCAGCGUCGAAGAAGGUGAACCCAGAGCGACAUGUUUUACCGAACAUCGGAAGGUAGAACUUUAUUUACCCAGCUGCGGAAAACGCAUGGUGAUAGAGACUUCAUACUUCAAUGAUUAUGGCCACAAUUAUGAUCCCGAACUGAGCAUUCGUGUAACUUGUGGAGAUUUAGAUGUCACUUCUGAAGGUUUUGCCAGCUCCUCGCCAGCAGAUUACAUGUAUUGGGCGGAAAAAGAAGUCGCUGGUGCAGUGGAGCCGAUGAAAGGUGUCAUUGCACUUCUGCAGAAAGUGCUCGGCGAGACCGUUCCCUCAAUAACAAGUCAUUUCUUUAUUUGGCUUUGUUACUUUUUCCCAGAUGCUUCUAACCUGGAUGAAGCACACAGACUUAGUUUCAAAGAUGCUGGUAGAAAUGUAAAACCUAGCUAUGCUUCAGUACAGCCUGCCAUAAACGAGUUCCAACAAGAUCAACAAAUCGAAACCAAGUUGGAAAGGCUGGUAGCUGAACUCAACAGAGAGGAAGACCAAAAGUCCAAAUAUUCUAGUUUGUGUGCAGAGGCUGUCCGUACGUUAUCCCAGAGAUCAGAGGCCAAAAUUGUUAAGCAGCUCGAAGAACAUGCACCGAGAUUCAGAUCAGUUGUAACUGACUACGACAUGAGGGAACUGCCCAAAGAACUUCUGCUUGAUCUGGUUCUACGAACAUCUUUAGAGAAACGUGGCUAUCGACCCGGUGCUAUUGCUGACAAAUAUGUUGAAGGCACAGUAUAUUUCAGAUGCGUUGGAGGCAAAGUCAUGAAAGUUCAUGGAUCAAUGCAUGGUGAUGGUGCGUCGUACCCAACUUGGGACGAAAUGGAACUUAAAUUUACUUUACCAGAUGGUAACGUUUUAAGCCUGGAAGGCCGAAACAGGCCAUUACAAAUUGAAGAUCUAACACCGGUCACAGAGCUUCUACGACAAGGUGUCAGUCAGCGAAUGCAAGAAGAAAAGCACAUACCUAAUUUUGGUAACUUGUUCACGGCUGCAUUCUUCUUAUCUGCCCUGGGGAUGAAUGUGGAUUCAGAGACCUUCUUAGGAAGAUAUGACAAACUGAUCCCAUCAGAGUCGGAGGAUGAAUCUUCAGCUGAAGAAUUAUCUGAAUCAGCAGAAGAAUUAUCCGAAUCAGCUGACGAAUUACCAGGAUCGGCGGAAGGAUUAUCAGAAUCAGUCGAAGAAUUAUCAUAGGAAAGUUAAACAUGGCGUUCUCAAUUAGCCAACUACCAACAAGCUGCUAUCACUUUAGAGCUUGCUGUAGACAUUUCAACUGCCGAUUCUAAUCACACUUGCUGUUUUCAGUUCUAUCUCGUAAAGUACUUCAAAUGAGUGUUCAAGUGUUUUGUUUAUGGUGUAAAUGCACCCAGCAUCUCUGACUACAAUCGGCAACAAAAUUGUAGAGACACAAUUUUUUUCAAAUGAGGUAUAGUAAGGAAAACAAACAAUCUGAUAGCAUACAGUAAAGGUUCCUUGUUGUCAAAUGGUAAACCAAUCACUCCACUGUAAUACAUUUUUCCUCUCCUCAAGGUUGUAGGUUUCUAUUAAAUUAAGUUUUGUUGCUGGUGGUAUUUCCUUUUGUGAAAUCAAGUUUACAAGCAACGUCAGAACGUAAUAAACUAAAAUUUGACAGUUCUCAGUGGUCUGGAUUAAAUAUAAUGAUCUUAGAAACUGCAGAAUACAAUUCUGAAGAAGAAAAGGGUGGUAUGCCAAGAUAACGCUAGCUGGUUGUACAUUUCCUAAUCUACUGACACUAGUAUAUUACCUUUAGGCAGUUUCUCAUCCAAUUUGUUUUACAAUUUUAGUGCGUCCUUGAUUGUUCAGAAAAUUGCCCUGGGCCGGGUUGUUCGAAGCUGGGUUAAGAUAACCCAGGGUCAGUGCGAAAUUUGAACUCAGAUAUGAGAGCUUAAAAAGCAAAUUCAGCUUAAUUCACUUUGUCAUCCAGACUCUGAGAAAAGGGGUGGGGGGGAGGGGUGUCUCAAAAAACUCUUUUUCGGCCCUUCGGGCCUCAUUUUGGUCUAAAAAUAAAUAAGGGGGGUGCAGGGCCACUCCCCUGGAUCCGCCACUGAUGAUUCAGGUACGGAUGCAAGAAUUUAAAUUCGGAGGGGUCCAAAAGUGUGAUGGGUUAAAGGUUAUUUUCUAGUAAACUUUAUUUUCGUAGAUCCCUAUAUGCCAUCCCGCAAUGCAGUAAACAAUUUUAUUCACAUGGCACUUAUUCGCCCAGUUACUGAAAACGUCUCUGGUCUGCAUGAUGGAUGCAUUUAAGGCGUCUGGAGACCCCCGACCACCUUCCUCCCCCCCGCUUUCCUGAUUCGGCCACUGCGAUUGCACCACCCCUGAAAAAACUGUUUUUGCGCUUUCCAAGACAAAUUGUAGAAUGGGGUGGGAGCGGCGGUCGUUGCACCAGGCACGGUCUUGUAACUUCUCUUGUAACGGUGUAACAGUAGAAAGCUUUCCGGAUUCGAGAACGAGGACAGGACGACUUCGAGGACGAGAUUUAACUUCAAGUUUUUUUUUCGCGUAUUCUCAAACAAUAGAUACUGUAAAAUUCCGAAAAUAAGCCCCUCCAAGUAUAAGCCCCUCCAAAUAUAAGACCCCCAAACUUGUAACGUAAAGAACCGUCCGUUAAAUCGCCAACCUCGUCCCCAGGGCCCCACCCAUUUUUUAAGGGAAAAGCCCUGGGGACGAGGUUGUUAAAUCGCCCCUCCAUAUAUAAGCCCCCCUGGGGCUUGUACUGGGAAAUUGCCCUCAAAUACAAAGUAAAACAAAGCAAAAACGGUAAAUUUCCUUCCAACUGUAAGGCUAGCCCACUCGAUUUUGAAACGCAAAUUUCCCUCCAUAGACAAGCCCCUCCGAAUAUAAGCCCCUCAAAAAAGGCCUUUGAAAAAUAUAAGACCCGGGGCUUAUUUUCGUAAUUUUACGGUACCCCGGAAAGCUGCAUUGUACGUUUUUCCAUCAGAAAAGUUAGCACUAUUAUAUUUAGUGAAGGAUGAUAAGCCCUUUACCGAUCCUAAAAUGAUAAAACUUCUAAUAUUUGAGAACUUGUUUCCGCCACUAUGGUACUCUCGCCAAAAUUCGUAGCCGAAUGACGAAGGCUUUUACGUUUUCCCGCCAAAAUGACGCUGGUUCACGCGCGUGCACUAAAAAUCUCGUUAUCGUAGUCGUUCCCAUCUUUGAAUCUAAAGGUCUCUAAAAUAGUGAGACAGGUUGCAAGAAAAACGGCAACGACUGACAGCCCGGCCGAUAGACUAACAUACGAAUGUCUCAGUACAUUCAAACCUCCCGUAAGCGACCACCCAAAAUGCGAAGAUUCAGUGGUCGCUUACGAGAGGUGGAAGUGUCGGUAAAUACAAACCAUGCCUUAAGUGGUCCAUUACAGGGGAAUGAAGCAAGGGAAACUUCUAAAGCCGUUAUGUAAAAAAGUGGUAGCGGUCGUUUACGAAAGGUUCCACCUGAAGUAAUUUCACUGGAAAAAGUUGUGAUAUUUUGGAUACGUGCAGUGCCGGAUCCGGACCUUGAGAUAUGCGGGGAGGGGGGGGUCAUCCAAACUCUGAGAUAAGAGGGGGACCCCCGGUGUCCCCCCCAAAUUUUUUUCGGCCUAUUGGGCCUCAGUUUGGUCUAAAAAUAAAGUGGGGGGCGCCGCCCGGGCCCCUCCCCUGGAUCCGCCGCUGAGGUGGUCGCUUAUGGGGGAUGGUGGGACUUGGGGAUUCGACUGUACGUUUUUUUUUUUUUAACUCUUAUAUGUAUAUUUUGUUUGUUUGCUUGGUUUUGAGGGCGAAAUUUUAGCAUUGGAAGCAAAGCUUAAGGAGUUAAAUGAAAAAGAGGCCGAGUUCACGGACGCCAUUAAACAGCAGGAGGGGAAAAUUGAAUCAGUGAAAAUGGAGUUCGCCCCUCAGCAAAACGCCCUUGACAAACGGCAAGAAGAAAUAGAAGAAAGAGAAAAAACAAUACAGCAGGAAUAUGUGAGUAACAAGACGCCUAUACAAGACGUGCAUUGUGCUGCAGUACUGUAAUGUGUAUAGCUACUUCCAUACCGAGAAAUAGAUCGAAAUAGAAAAACAGAUCACGCUCCAGGGGGACAUAUUAUUUGCCAAUGGCAGACCAAUAAAAAGGAGAUUACUGCAAGUGUGAAACGUUUCAAAAUGGGUUUUUAGGGUAGGCUGAGAGACGGUUGAUUUCUCUCAAUAUUUUUGCAACUCCUUGGAAAAAUCCGCUUUUUCAACUAAUCGGAAGUUCAACAAUCGUUGUCCUCAAUAGUUCACAAACCUUUUUUUCCGCUUUUGAGGCCAGCGACAGAUUUGACUCUAAACAAAGCUGUCAAAGUUGGUCUGAAAAAACUCGUCAUACGAUUUUUCUCACUCAACCAUGAAGAAAUGUAUAUUUCUUAGAGUACUUUGUAAAACGUGUGCAAUUCACAAUUGAUUUUACGUUCCAAAGGUUUGAGACUUUUCUUCUAAUCAGAAUCUAGCAAUACCAAACCAAAGACAUCAGUUGAAAACCACCCUGUCUGAUGAAAAGAGAACUCAUUGUCUGUAUGAACAACAUAUUUGUCAUUUCUUAUAGGAGAUGUUGUUAUCGACGCAGAAACAGUUUGAUGAGAAAACUGCAGAACAUUGUACAGUAGAGGAGCAGUAAGUAUGCUGGUUCAUUUCUUUGCCGUCACUGCCUGGCAACGACGUGAAACGUCAUGUUUAGAUGAGGACGUGAACACAAUUCUGCGUCUGUUUAUCUUUUUCUGAACUUGAAUCACGGUCCUCAAAAAUGCGUACUUCAGGAAGAAUCAACUACAUUUGACAAGAACAAACAAACAAAAACGAAAUGAAAUGGGAAAAUGAAUGAAAUCGCCAGUACUCGAGCUUUCUACGUCAACUCAGUUGUUAAUGGAAAUGUUGUUCCUACGUUGUUAUGUUUUGGACUAUCUUUCCCAAUAAUAUUUCCCUUUUUUGUUUUAAAUAGCUUGACUAAAGAUUUGUCUGCUGCAUCCAAAGAAUUAGAGAAAUCCAAACAGAUCAUCAAAGAGCUGGAGGAGAAACAACAAUCUGUACAGACAUUUUCAAGCAUGGAACACUUUACUUUCACAAAAGAUUGUGAACUAGCAAGGUAGGUCCAGGGUCCUGUUGUUCAAAGGGUGGAUGACGUUAUCCUUUGGAUAAAUUUCUACCCAGCGGAUAGCGCUGUCUUAUCCCUUAAUACGUAUCCGCUGGAUAGUGGAUUAUGCGGCGGAUAUCGCUAUGCAUCGUAUUCUCCUGGGGUGACCAGGAGAAAAACCAACAUCUGACAUGCACUUAACACGCUACUCUGUCCUUGUGGUUUGAUCAGAAUCUGACGCAUGCGUACUGCCAUAUCUUUCCAGCAGCUUUCAGGUAAUGGGGGAAGAGGUAAAUCUUUCAUCUUUUCUGAGGGGCUGUUUACAUGACACCGGGGCGACUUUCGCGCCGGAGUGAGUUCACUCCGGUUCCCUCUCAUGGCUCUACAUUUGUUUACAUGAUACCACGACAAAAUGUAAUGCUGGUGUGAAUCACCCCGGUUGUUGUACCGGGGCGAGAAUUUCACUCCGGUACGAAAUCUCGCAACGGUAUCAUGUAAACGCGAAACGCGUUUCGGUGUGAAAUCGGUCUGCCGGUAGAAUGGAACGGGUAGCGCAUGCGUAAUGUUUGCGAUUUUGAAUCUUACUUGUAUUUUAUCAACAUGAAGUGUACCUUCAAAUAACGAGAUAUGAAAUGACCCAGUCAUAAUGUCAACGCGAUACGAAAUAAAAAAGUCAUCCCGGUAUGAAACUCGCGCCGGUGCAAGUUUUCUCAUGUAAACACCCCGUGAGGCACUUAGUCAAGUUAUAAACUAGCUUACCUCCGAGUAUCACAAGACACAGCUAGGUUGGCAAUACAUUACAAGGACCACCAAUACCCAAUUGAUUUCGCUGUUAUGUUUGCCAUUGUUAUGGGCUCAUUCUGUAGGUAAAUCUAAUUUGGCGCUAAGCAGAACUUGUAUGCUGCUUUUAUUCUACAUUAGACUUCAUGCCAAGCAGAGGGAAGUCUACCAGAAAAUCAAGGCUUUGUCAAACAAGAUUCAGCUCCGACAAAGAGGCGUACUAACAUUGCGGAAGAGUUUGAAUGAAAUCGAAUCACAGAUCUCUGACCUGGACGCGGCCAAAGAAAUAGCAAAGCAAGGUAAAGAGAAGAGAAAGAUAAAAAUGUGCACGAGGCCACAGGUGUGGUACAAGCACCCCGGGAGAGUACUCCAGAAAAUUUCGGUUGAGGUGACUGUGGCAUGCCCUAUUUUAGACCAAAAUAUGUGAUUUUCUCUACCCUGUUUAAGACCUGAACCACUGUUCUCAAAGAGACGAAUGAUAAAAAAUAUUUAUGUCCAAUGGCGCUGCGCACAGUUUAUAUUUAGUUAUAGAACUGAACUCAAACAAACAAAUUCAAAUUAUUAUUAGCAAAUUCACUUUUGUUUGUUUGUUUUUUUUUUCAUUUAAAUUUCAUGUUUGUCUGACUCUUGUCAUUAAAAAGACAAAAGUCAGAAAAAAAAAUUGCAAAUUAGUCACGGUGACGUCACUUGUGCGCUGUGGUAUUUUAGACACUGGUUCUAGAGAGUGCAGCACCUCACCCUAUUUCAGACCCAUACGGGUAAAAUCUAUACGCACUGUCAGACCGAAAGGGAUUAAAAACUUUGGGACUGCAUAUAGCCAUAUAGUGAGUAUCUGUUGGCCAGGCCCCAGUAGUUCAAAAGGGGGAUAACGCUAUCCACUGGAUAAGUCUCUAUCCAGUGCAUAAAGGAAUUGGUUUCCCUGAAAUCUAUCCGGUGGAUAGCGCUAUCCAACGUUUGAACAACCAGGGCCAGAACUGUUUUGUUGUGUUACUUUUGUUGCUGUUUAGAAAGAAACUUUAAAGAAGCUAAAAGGUUGAAGGAGGAGAGUGAAGCUUUGACGAAACAAGGAGUUGAAAGCCAAGGAAAACUAGAGUCUUUGCUAGAAGAAAUCACCACAGAUAAAAAAGUACUCCAAAAAGCCGAACAAGAGAAUAACGACUUGGAAACAGAAAUUGGUGAAAAAGAACGCCAGGAUGGUAAUUGCGUUAACCUCACUUUUUAUCGUGCUAGAACACCGACAGUUCAAAACAAUCAACUACGAUACUGCCUACAAUGAUAUCCAAACACCGAGUAGUAAUUAUCAUACACGAGAGGGAGUGUUUCAACUGAUAUCCAACACCGAGUAGUAAUUAUCAUACACGAGAAGGAGUGUUUCAACUGAAAUCUAAACACCGAGUAGUAAUUAUCAUACACGAGAAGGAGUGUUUCAACUGAUAUCCAAACACCGAGUAGUAAUUAUCGUACACGAGAAGGAGUGUUUCAACUGAUAUCCAAACACCGAGUAGUAAUUAUCAUACACGAGAAGGAGUGUUUCAACUGAUAUACAGACACUGAGUGGUAAUAUAUCAAACACAUACUAUUUCUUACGAUAAUUAAUGUGAAACACGAGGCACAGUGUUUCAUUGCAUCAAACACAGAGAAGAGAGUUGAAAAUAAGACCCAUACCGGAGUAUCUUCCAAGGAACUUAGAGGUAUUUGAUAUUUUAAAGGAACAUUGCUAUGAGUGUUCCAUAACUUAACAAAGAAAAUACUUUCAAAGAGAUAUUAGGGAAGAAAAAACAAGGAACUUUUCAAGGAAUAUCCAAAAACAUGGUUUUGAGUUGUUUGGAAGUUGAAAACGCCUCUUUGCAGAUCAUUUAUUUUGUUCUCUGGAACAUUUUUCGUAUCAGUCCGCAUGGUCAGAGGAUUUUUUGUAUACUGUUAUGUAACGUCAUUUCAAUUCUCUUGUUGAUUCACCGUAGCUACUUUUUUGUUCACUUCAUUUCGCAGCUUUUGUUACCGUGGAGAAGGCAUGUCUUGUGCUUCAGACACUCCGUGAUCAAAUCAACAGGUAGUUUAAAGUUUUUGUUGACAUUAAACUCAUAAAGAGCGGGCGUGGGGGAGGGGGAUUGGAAGGGGAGGGGGGGGUGGUCGGGACUUUAUUACUUGCUGAGAUAAUUUUGUGAUAUUUACUGAUCUCUAAAUGCAUAAUCGAGGGGAAAUAAGAGACAAAAAAUUCUAAAACCGUUGAACUGUUUUGUUUAACUUUGUAAUCUUUUUAUGCAGAAUUGAUGGUAAGAACCUCGUGAAGGUGUUGCUACAGACCGAAGCGAAAACUUGCAAGGUGCGUGUGCCGUGUUAAGUUACCCUCUAGGUCUCUUUUUGGUGAUAAAAUACCUUUUUAGUUGAGUGUCUUACAACCAAAGCAAUCGCUCUAUUAUCUAGAAAUCACUCACGUAAGCACUCAACUUAAUUCUCACGUUCCUUUUCAGAAUCUCAUAUCAGACUUGUGUAACAAGCACGACAUUCCAAUCCCAGAAAUUAGACACAGUGUGGACGAUGAGGAAAAACCCCAGAACAGCAGUGGGAGUAAUGUAAGUUAUCGUCCAUUGUGGUGGCUAUUACUGGGAUGUUAACCAAUAUACACGACUAAUUUUUGACGGAAUUACUCUGAAUUACUGCAGUAAAUCUCACGGCUAUCACUUUAGAUUUUAGGGUGACAAAUAUUACCCCUUUAAAGGAACGACGAUUUCACCCGUCAUCUAAUAGGAAAUUCCCUCGGGUCACACAGUAAACGAGAAUAGGCGCCAGUAAACUAACAUGUGUAUAUUAGAUACCUGUUCUGUUUGUCCUUUAGAAGGAGACAUCUCAACCUCAUGAGACGUCAGAAUGUGAGAGCUCUGAAAAAGAAACGAAGAGAUUCGAGGAAUUCCAGGACAAACUAACCGAACUGGAAGGAAGGUUGGAAGCUGUGGUGGAAGUAGAAGAUUUCGAUGAAGCUGAUAUCCUUUAGAUAUAAACCAAGGCUACCCUAUAGGUAGUUUCGUUAACUGAAUGAGAAUGAUAGUUUUUAAAAGAAAGGUUUUUGCUGUCUCGGUGGAGUACAUUGCAAUUUAGUCGGUUAUUUUCCCUCAAACUUGCUCUUUAUGCAAGGCGAAACGCGUGAAAAAGGUUCAACAUUUAGACAUAACUUGUUGAUUUGUCAUAACUUUGAUAAAUUAAUGAAUUUUACAAACGAAUUUACCUCAUAUGUACUUAAUUUCACGUUUCUCGCGAUUGUGAGUAAAUCGCGAAAUUAACUGAAGACCCACGAUAAAAAUCCUCGCGAAAUUUGAUGCCCUUUCUUUAUACAGUCGACUCUCUCUUAACGGACACCUCUACAAGACGGACGCCUUUGUAAAACGGACACUUAGAGUUGGUCCCUGCCUUUCUUUACUCCCUUCACUUAGUGCCGGUCCCAAAGGUGUCCGUCUCUAGAGAGAGUUGACUGGAUUGUCCUAUUUAACUCGCGAAUUAAUGCCCGGCGGAAUACUGUCUCGCCAAAAUCGCGAAAUUAAGUACCAAUAACGUAUUACAAUAUCUGACAACAGUGUUGUGAGUGGGUGUUCCGACUGUUCCACCGUAUCGUAAAAACACGCAUGCUGGUGGACUAUAAAGAAGAGCUGUUUCUAAAGUUGGCACGGCGGUCGCCUUUCUUUGUACUGACAUUCAUUGCUUUACUUCCUUAACACGUAAUCAGACAGGCUUCAACAGGAAAUAACCAAGCUCAAAGAGAUGAUGGAAGAGAGAGCAGGUCAAGUGUAAGACAAAGAGAAACUUUACCCCAGAGAAAUGCAACUUGACAGACCAGGUGACGAGUUAAUCCAGCAGGAAACUGAAGACAGGCUUGCAAAUUGUUUUACUUCGAAAUACAGCGGUAACCUCUUGAUGGUCAAAAGGAAUUGUGACGUUGGUUCUGAUGUACACUGGUACACUUGGUGGUCAGCUCUCAAAUCUCGCGCUCUUUUUAAACCAAUCAGAGACAAGCACACUGCCGUUUUCGCGCGCUUUGCGGUAGCAGCACUGCCUCGUACCCAGACGUCUCUCUUUCGAUGUGCGCGCAAAGGAAGGCGGAAAGGAGACAACGGGCGAGAACGUCUGCACCCUUCCCAUGGUCUCUUGCGGUUCAUCACCAGUCACUCGCGUUUCGCGCUCGCAUCUGCCAUGCGAAAAACGAAGCGCGUGAGGAGGAGGCUGGUAGCAACAUGCGUUUACUUCACGUUCUUAUAGUGUUAUUGGAUUGUUUUGCGUAGCUGACGUCAUUAGCCAUGGUGAUCACUUUGUUUUUGGUUUUGAAAUCGCUCUAAUUGACCAUGGUAACCUAACACUUUGCAGCCGACGACAAGGACACGUAAAGUGUAUAACCUUUCUCUUAAUAAUUGUUUGGAUCCUUACGGAAUCACAUAACCAGGAUAAGCCUCUGACCUUAGAGACACAUUUUACCGUAAUCUUAAUGGCUGCUACAAAAAGAUAAGAUUAAAAAGUGAAAUGAUUUUCGAAUUUGAAAACCGGUAAUGGACCACAGUCAACAAGCGAAACGAAGUAAAACUUAACGUGUUUUCAAAAGAUAAGAACCUAAGUUUCAUUAUAUAUUUUCUGAAAUAUUCCGAGCCUUUUGAUGUUGCCCAGCGUUUCGGCUUUCUCCAUAAACAACUUUACUGUGUACUUGGCCUUAAACGUUUUGGCUUUGGAUUAACUCUAGGUUUCUAACCUAGAUAAGACUACGUAGUUUAUAGUUCCUUAACAUAUCACACAUCAAAAUUUCAAAGAAAAACGGUAGCUAGAAAAAUACUCUUUAAUAGUUCACUCUUUCAUUAGAUACUUCUACAAAAAUAUCUGGGC